GGAGAAUGAUAAUUGGAUGGCACAUUCGAAGUCGAGGACGCGUCGUCAAGCGCGAUUUACAGGAUUUAAGGAAUCGCGGCAGAAACUGGAGUUACUCAGGGUUCGUAUGAGUGAUAUCGAUGAAGACCUAAGACCAUGUGACGAAUCAGACCUCACGAAAGGAGUCCAGUGCAUCGAGGAAGACAAAUGCAUCACGUGGAAUCAAGUCUGUGAUGAGAUACAAGACUGCGGUAUCCCACAGCUCGCAGACUGCCUCAACCAGACUGUGAAGAACUAUGGCAGCGAGAGGGAAGAGCUGUGUAAUGGCGACGAGAACAGAAAAUGGUGCGAGCUCAAGGAGCAUCUUCCAAGGAGAUGUGGCGAAGACAUCGAUAUGUCUGAUAUGACCAACAAGAGUGUUCGAAUAGUUUCCCCUAACUACCCACGACUGUACCCAAGCGAUAUGUACUGUUACUGGCAGAUCAAAACCACAGAGGGUAGCAGUCUUGCUGUCUCCAUUACGAAAUUCGACACAGAAUCAGACUACGACUUCUUCAGUUUAGGAAAAGGUGAGAAGGAGGAUGAAGAAGAUCCCACGCGUUACCUGAUCUACAAACACAGUGGACCAGAUAUACCACAACCGAGAUCAUUCCGCGUCAACAGUGACACGAUAUGGAUGAGUUUUAAGAGUGAUGACUGGGACAACUUCUCAGGCUUUGAGAUUACCGUUGCUGAUACAUCUGUCUUUGAUCCCGGAAAUGUCGCCCAAAGCCCUUUCCCAGAUGCAAAGAAUAAAUCUUGUGGAGGGACUAUCAGACUAGACGUAGAUUCGGAACAGGAAAUCACUUCACCUGGAUACCCAGAGCCUUAUGGCAACUACAUGGAAUGUGAUUGGGUCAUCCGUAUCGUAAGAGGUCGGCGUAUUGGUAUAUCCUUCAAGAGCUUCGAUCUAGAGACUAACCAGGACUUCGUGGAAAUCGGAACAGGCGGCACCCCUGGAUCCAACGAAGCACCUAGUCGGCCUGAAGUAAGAAGCGAUUAUUUCACCGGAGGCGGAAAGCUCACUGGACGCAACCCUUCUUCCAAACCCAUAGUAAUUGAUAACAAUCAAGCUUGGAUGAGGUUUACCAGUGACCCAGCCAAUGCCUGGCGUGGCUUCAGGGCUAUCGUAAGAGACCAACCCUAUACUGGUUGUGGUGGAUCCAUCGACGUACCUGAGGACGGGUCCAUCGUUGUAGCUUCACCUCUCUUCCCUGACUUGGGCUACCGGAUAAACCUCAACUGCAUCUGGAAGUUUACCGGAGCCCCCGGACGCCAACUUUCCGUCAUUUUCAAAGAAUUCGCCACAGAAAAGAGGUACGACACUGUCAGCGCUGGAUACGGUGGAGGCCCUGCCAAUGAUGGAUCAAAUUACGUAAUCGAUGACCACAGUGGUAAUGAAUUGCCGGACCCAGUCGGGUUCGAUACUCCUCAGAAUGAAGCUUGGGUUUAUUUUAGAUCAGACGCCUCUGUCAUCGAUCGAGGGUUCAAAGUAGAAGUAUCUGAUACCAGCAUUAGACCUGCAAAUUUUACACCCGAGACACGUCCCACACAGGAGCCAGACACAAAUUGCGGAGGCGAGGUAGAAGCUGCCGUCGGCAGCACUAAACUGGUUAUUAACUCACCACGAGCUGGUUCUAAAUACAGGAAACUACUGGACUGUCUGUGGGAGAUCGAGGUCCCUUUCAGCGGGAAAGUCCGCAUUUCCUUCUCGCAAUUCCAAACAGAGAAGAACCGCGAUGUCAUCAAGGUCGGUAACGGAACGGACCCUGACGAAGGAGAGCCGUUUCUCGUUCACAGCGGCCGCGAAAAGCCCGAAGAUAUCAUUACAACCGCUCACAAUCUUUGGGUCCGAUUCAUCACCGAUUAUGACUAUGAGCUUUCUGGUUGGACUAUGGUCAUUGAAACCUUGCCAUACAAUAACUGCAGUGGUCACCUCCACAUCCUUGCUGAAGGAGGCAUCACCAUUGGCUCACCCAACUAUCCUUACAACUACAACAAUGGAGAGACCUGCUAUUACCAGAUCAUUGGGGCGCCCGGAAAGAGGAUAGAGUUGCAGUUUCUGAUGUUCAAUACAGAACCGGGCAACGAUAUCCUGAGCAUCGGGGAAGGCUGCAUCAUGGGAGGCGGGGAUAUCAUAGUCGACGAAUACAGCGGACAUAAUAGGCCUAUGCAAGACCAAUCUCAAGGUCGAUACUUCUCCCGAACAAACGCUGUCUGGAUGAUCUUCAAUACCACUGAUUACAGCGAUUACGCCGGAUGGCUCAUCAACUUUAAAGACGCUAUGACUCCUGCUGAUGACAGUCCUGUAUGCCCCAUCUUCAUCCCUCCAACCCGACCUCCCCCAACCACCAGGGCACCAUACACGGUCCCGAUCUAUUCUGAAGAUACUAACUUUUCGGGUGAUAACUUUCUACCUGACUGGUAUAACGAUCUGACAGACACCCAGAACGAAAACCAAGAUGCAGAUUUCGAAGAUACACCCGUGGGAAGCGGGGCAUACGCUCUUCCUCCAAAACCAUAUCAUCCAUAGAGGAUAAGCGAAAUUAGCAACAAAAAAGCGGGGCUACACAGCGUAAAAAAUCACAAAUGGCUAUCAAGAAAUAUAAAGGAGGACACGAAAAGAUUUUGUAACAUGAAUGGUUUGUAUGAUUCUGUGCAAAAGGAUAUUUUAGUCAGGGGUUAAGCCGAAGACGUUGUUCGAUCGAUUUCUAAAACAUUCAUUUUACGGGAGUUCCUUGACUCUGAGUUUUCUUUCAUUAAAAAAAAAUGAAUCCAGAUAGUGAAUAUGAACAUUUUACCGUCUAUACCAUUUUAUAAUUAUGAAUUUUUUUUCACUCGGAUUACACAACGCUUUGAGAUACAAAGGCUUGAAAGCAUUUCUAUCAGAACAAAAGAUAUCCAUGUCCUGAGCUUCUGCGGAAUCUAAGUAACUUUAUCAGAGAAUAAACCAAAUUAGAAAUGCUGGCGAAUAGUUGUCAUAUUUUUGUAGAAAUAUAAGGGUAAAGAACUUGUUUAAAUGAUUGUAUAUUUGCAUCAUUGAGGAUUUCGAAGCCAUGAACGUCGUAGGAAUUAGAAUUAGUUUUCAGGUUUUUAUUUUCUGUAUUUCUUACAAAGUUUUAGUUAUUGUUCACGUGUAUUUCAUUGUAUUUCGGUUCUUUUCUCCACUAUUCUUAGGGUUUUGGAGUACAAGACGACGCUAUAAAACCUUUUAUUUUUUCCUGGAAUCAGAUAUAACAUUCUAUUGUAGAUAUUUAGUAUUUGAGGUAUUACUUAAGCAUAUUUCUUUCUUGCAAAGUAAAUGACUACAAGACAGACGGGCAUUUGCCCCAAUUAUAAUUAUUUUUAAUUCUUAUACAAGUACGUACAUUGGCAGAGUGUUUCUUAAUUCAUGAAUGUACGUGUACACUCGGGAAAAUGUCGUUCAAAUUUUGAAAAGAAAAAUAAGGAUUUUUGUAAAAUGAUGAUUUGUCUUAUUCAUUCCGUUCUAGUAAAGCUUAAAUUGAUUAAUGGACUUUUAGAUGAGAUCUUUAACAGUCUCAAUAAUAUUCUUCAUAUUUUUUGUUUGUCUUAACUGUGUAAUAUAAUAUCAUUUUUGAUUCAUUCUAAAGAUUUUGUAUUAUUCUGUAAAGAAAAAAUGACAACAGGAAGCCUUUCUAUAAUUUUACUUCUUAUGAGAUUUAAUUAUGAUUUAAAAUGUAACCAAACAUUGGAAUUCAGGAUAUAUUUGGUGUCAGUUUUCAAUAAAUCGGACUCACAAUA